GAGGGAGGCAAGGGGCUUUGUUAUCUUGAAGGCACUUUCGGUGAGCGGCGCAGCGUACAGGUGGCGGUUGUUGUCGUUAGGAGCCAGCGCGCAGCUGAGGCGCGGCAGGACACGACAGCUGUGUGGCUCCCGGAACAAGCGUGACAUAAGACCAUCGAGGCUCUCUACCUGGCGAUCACUGGGCAUUCACCUUAGAGAGAAAGACCAAGGAGCGCGGCUUGUCUCUUGUGGGCUAGGGGGAGACCACGCGCCCCCAAGGUGGGCACUUUUUCAACUAGGGUCCCUUUCCGUGCUUUGCCAACCCUGCUGGCCACUUCUAGAGAAAGAAGGCAAUGGGGAGGGCAAGAGCGAGAAGGUGCUGCUUUUCCUAGUCCUCCAACACCACUCCCCACCUACUCCUCUCCACAAAAGACCGCGGGAUUGUUUCCCCCUCCACCCGACGGUCUCCGCUUUGCCCUCACGGAAGCUCGACAGGCACCCCGCCGGUGAGGAUGGUAAUAGGCAGCGGGCUUCCCGCGAAGCAGCCGCGGGCGGGCUGGAACUUGCUCAGGCAAGGACCCAAGGUGACAUCGGUCCAGGGACACCAUUUAUACCCACAUCCUUCGCACGGAACUUCUCGAGUGUGAAGGCCUUGAGGAGAGCUGAGGGCACAAGGACGGACAGCAUCCAGGUGGCCCGAGAAAGAGAACUCAGCGACUGCCCGCGCGCCCGCCUUCUCCUCUGGAUUGCUAGGUGGAGUUGCCCCUGGCGGGCCGCUCUCUUCACCCCCACUUUUUGGCGCCUGCGGUUGCAUUGCCAGGCCAGGAGCAUUGCGCGGGGAAAUCCUAGAAGAGUGCCAAGAGGGAAGGAGCGGGGAGAGGAUGAAGAAGCUACCUGAGCAGGAGAAGCAUGAGGUGGCCGCGUGACACUUGGUUUAACGGGCUCCAGCUGGUGGUCCCAUGGGUGUCAUUGGUAUUGGUCCUGCUGACUCUGGGGUGUUGGGGGCUGGCUGCUGCUGUUGCUGCUUCAUACGGGCAGCAUGCCUCCACAUCCUCUUCCAGCCAAGUACCAUUGGACUGGCUGCUUACUGAUCGAGGACCAUUUCACCAUGCCCCAGAGUAUGUUGACUUCAAGGAGCGAUACCGACAAGGUUUCACCACCAGGUACAGAAUCUACAGAGAAUUUGCUCGUUGGAAAGUGAAUAACUUGGCACUGGAAAGGAAAGAUUUCUUCAGCUUGCCUCUGCCUCUGGCUCCAGAAUUCAUCCGCAAUAUUCGCCUUCUGGGGCGCCGGCCUAGCCUUCAACAGGUCACCGAGAACUUGAUUAAAAAAUACGGUACCCACUUCCUGCUCUCAGCUACUCUUGGAGGAGAAGAGUCCCUGACCAUUUUUGUGGACAAGCACAAGCUCAAUCGGAAAGCAGAAGCUGGAGGGCCAUCAGGAAGUGGUGGGACUAACAUUUCCAUCUCCUUGGAAACACUGCACCAACUGGCAGCCUCUUACUUCAUUGACCGUGAAAGCACAUUAAGACGCCUCCACCACAUUCAGAUAGCAACAGCUGCCAUCAAAGUUACUGAAACCAGGACAGGGCCACUUGGCUGCAGUAACUAUGACAACCUGGAUUCUGUGAGCUCUGUUCUUGUUCAGAGCCCAGAAAACAAAGUUCAACUACUUGGCCUGCAAGCACUGCUGCCUGCAUACUUGCGAGAACGUUUUGUGGUAGCCGCCCUGAGCUAUAUAACCUGCAAUUCAGAGGGGUUACUGAUCUGCCAAGAGAAUGACUGUUGGUGCCAAUGUGGGUCUAAUUUCCCACAAUGCAACUGUCCAGAGGCUGACAUCCAGGCUAUGGAAGAGAGCCUUCUUCAAAUCCAAGAAGUUUGGGAAAGGCACAAUCAACAGUUUCGGGAUUCAGAAGAACUACAGUCUCUUGUUAAGAAACUCCCAAUGGACCACUUCUUGAACCUAACAGCCAUCUCCCAGUACUGGGCAAUGGAUCCUGAUAUUCAGCACCACUAUCAGAAAUUAGGCACCACCUUGAAGAUGCUAUCCAAGAAGAUCCAUCAGAUUGUCUGCCGCCUUCUCAAUCUGGCCAAACGCUGUCACAGGCAACCUCACUUCAGGCUUCCGAAGGAGAGGCCUUUGACCUAUUGGUGGAGUCACGCUCAGUCCCUUCUCUACUGCAGUGAGACUUCUGUGCCAGGGACAUUUGUGGAAGAAAACCACAGCUGUACCUGCCCCCAUGAGCAACCUUCCUGCCAGGGUGCUAUCCCCUGUGCCUUGGGUGAAAGGACAGAAUGUGCUGCUUGUGCAGAGGAUAAUAGCACCCAGUGUGGGUACUGCAAUCCUGGUUAUGUGCUCACCUUGGGAAUGUGCCGCCUAGAGGUGGCAGAGUCCCUUGAGCAUUAUAUAGAACUGGAGACAGAUUUACAGGAUUUGGAACUCAGAUACCUUUUGCAGAAGCAGGACAACCGUAUUGAAGUGCACUCUAUCUUCAUCAGCAAUGACAUGCACCUGGGGACGUGGUUUGACCCAUCCUGGAGGAAGAGGAUGCUGGUGACCCUGAAGAGCAACAAGUACAAGCCAGGAUUGGUCCACCUCAUGCUGGCCCUCUCCCUCCAGAUCUGCCUCACUAAGAACAGCACCCUGGAGCCAGUUAUGGCCAUCUAUGUCAACCCUUUUGGGGGGAGCCACUCUGAAAGCUGGUUUAUGCCAACCAAUGAAACUGGAUUUCCUGACUGGGAAAGGAUUAAUGUAGACACUUCUGGCCUAUGUCAAAACUGGACCCUCACUUUAGGAAAUAAGUGGAAGACCUUUUUUGAGACAGUCCAUGUGUACUUGAGGAGCCGCAUUAAAUUUCUGAAUGACAGUGCCAAUGAAACCAUCUUUUACGAGCCUUUAGAGAAAGACCCUGCAAAGAACAUGGGGUACAUGAGGAUCAAUAGCUUACAAGUCUUUGGCUACAGUCUGCCUUUUGAGUCAGAUGCCAUUCGGAACCUUGUCCUUCAGCUGGAUUAUCCAUACACUCAAGGCUCCCAAGACUCUGCUAUCUUGCAGCUAAUUGAAAUCAGGGACCGGAUAAAUCAUCUCUCUCCACCUGGGAAGACCCGCCUUGAUCUUUUCUCUUGCUUGCUCCGGCACAGGCUCAAACUGACCAUCACUGAGGUAAGUCAAAUCCAGUCCACCCUGCAGGCUUUCAAUGCCCAACUGCCAAACCCAGUGGAGUAUGAGACUGGUAAACUCUGCAGCUAGCCUUGGGAGCGCAGCAGGGUUGUUCUGAUACUGGAGCGAACGACUGGGGAGAAUAAUUGAAACUUCCAAAUGCCUUAUUUUCAUGCCAGCUGUGCACUUUUGUAAAACAGGCAGUGGCCAACCUAAAAGACACUAGUGUUGGCAGGUUUUAUGGUGCUUCAGACUUGGGAAUGGAUUAUGGCACCAAUCACUGCAACAAGUAAAGAAGAUGCCAAAUAGCAUUGCUGCUGCCACUCUAUUCAAGCUGAUUUAUGUAACUGUUUUGUGGCACAUGCCAGAAAAUGUAUGGACAGUUGAAGAAACCAUUACAGUAGAUAGUUGACAGAGAGAUGGAGCAAGAAAAAUGAAGCAGUGGCAGUAAAGACUUGAUUUUAGUGAUCUGCCAAUCUGAUCUGGAGACCCCUGAAUAGAGGGGGAGUAGCAAAAGGGUUGGAUACCAUUUUUGCAAGUACUUCAGGAACACUCACUUUGGAGAACUCUCUUGCCUCCUGUGGCACACUUUUGUAUUGUUUUAUGGGUGUAUCUAACAAUAUCAAAGCCUUUACACUUCAUUUUACUUCUAAAACUUACACCCUAAGCACACUCUCUUGGAACCCAUCACUUCAGUGAGACUUCUUCAUCCCAAAGAAAUGAGUUUGAAAUGAGUUUGAAAACUGAGUAAGAAUCCUCACCGCUGGCUGGUUCCAUGGUCCAUUCAGCUGCUUCAUUCCCUGAUCUAUAUGUUUGGGGUGAGAUCCAUUCAGGAACUGAUGGGUAGUAGCCUCUGGGGCACACAAAGUGUGCUUGAGAUUAUUCCUUUCUCCAAUCCUUUACUUGGGAACAUGUCAACACAGUUCUGUUCCAUUCAUGACAAACAAUCCAGUCACCCAAUGUCAACAGGAAAGGAAAAAAGGCACCUGUGAAGAGUAUCUUCACUGACAUCCAUUCAUCUGUUAUUACAUGUGUAUUUGGAUUCUGGUGGAUAAUUGGCCUUUAUGUACUUGAUUUAUGUAUCUAUUGGUUUUAAUUGGCUGGCUUACAAAAAGUACUAGCAUUUUGUAUUUGGACCAGGAUAUUGCCUUUCCAGUUGUGUUCUCCAGCUGAGUACAUCUUAGCCAAGUGUAUGUUUUACUAUACUUUGUAAGGGGGAUGGCAUAGGGAUAAAGAAAGAGAAAGAAGGAAGGGAAAAAUGGGAAAGCAGUAAACAAUCAAAAUCUUCUGA